AUGUCUGCUUCCGAUAUCGCCAGUAAUCGAACGGCCGAAGAACAUGCCUUCUUGUCGCGCGCCGCCAGCUACAAUCACCUUCCCGAUCUGAUCCAGUCCGAUACCCCUUCCCCCACCCUGCGGAGGACCUUCUCGGACCUGGCUUCCCAGCACCAGUCCGAAUCGCCCCCGCCUCCCUCCAAAGAGGAUGUCGCCGCCGGCAAGGACAUCCUGCGCCGAACCUCCCUCCAGUCCAAAGACAAGUCCACCAUUGCGGUCUCGCGAUUUACCGUCUCCGCCGAGGAUGUGACCGAUGCGCCGGCGAGCGCCAGCCCUCCGGAGCCCCCUCCCCAGGUCCCGAUGACGAGGGCUCCGGAGCCCGUGGCUCGCCCGUCCAAGGCCCGCGCCAUGUCGGGCCGCCUGGUCAGCUUUGCGCGGAAACCCUGGGCGUCCAAUUCGACCGAUCGACCGCCAUCCCCGUCCGCCAAAAAUUCCCGGCUACGACCGCUUCGGACGGAGGACUCCCCGCCCACCGCGCCCAUGCCGCCGUCCCGGACGAGCCUCCAGCAAGAGUCAGCCGCGGAGCAAUCGGCGGGGAGCCCCGUCCGCAAGCGAACCAUCUUGAGCAAACGACCGCGCCGGCCCGUCGUGGCCGUCGUCACGCAGAGCCGAGAUGAUAGCUCUAGCUCCCCCAGCAGUCCCUCCCAGCAGUCCCUCCGAGCCCAUCCGUCGCUGGAAAAGCUCCCCUCGUCGCUCAAUGUGUCGACACCGGUUCUCCCCCCGGUCCCCAAGGGCGCUACCACCGUCAGCGUGGAUCCCCCGCGGAAGAAGGAUGAGCUCUGGAACGCCUUUCGGGCCCUGGAGGCGGAUUUUCAAAAAUUUCAAUCCAAAUCCAGCGCCUUCAAAGCCAACGUCGUUCGCGCGUCGCUGAUCCCAUUCUUGUCCCGCCAUCAGUCCCAUCCAUCCUUGAAGGGCUUGCGACCCGAGGACCUGGACCGUCGCGUCAACAUCUUGAACAAGUGGUGGAUUGGUCUCUUGGAGAUGCUCAACGGGAAGCACAAUCAAUCCAUCUCCGGCACCGAUCGGCCCACCUAUUUCGACGCCGUGGUCGGGAUCAUGACGCGGCCGGAAUGGCGGGUCCCCUUCCCCAGCCCGCCGUCGGCCGAGACGGCGUCCUGGCCGUUGCAGCCGUCGGCCACCUCCGUCUCCGAGAGCUCCGCCUCCUCGGGCUCGGAUUUCCUGGUGGAGUCCAUCCAUCACAACGUCCGGAAUAUCUUCACGCAGAACCUGUUGUCGCAGAUGGCCUUCGUCGUGGACCGGAUGUCCAUGCGACACGCGCCGGCCAGCCUGGUGGCCUUUUGCGGGAAGGCGUGUGCGUAUGCUUUCUUUUACUGCCCAGGCGUAGCCGACAUCUUGGUUCGACUUUGGAACACAUCCCCGAAUACCUUCCGACAAGUCCUCGCCCAGUCCCGGGUGGACCGGCGUCUCGAUGCGCGGACACUCACCCAGGAUCUGGCGCUGGGCUUCCCCCCGGCCCUGCGGACGUUGUCCUGCCACACGCACACGGCCCUGGUGCGGUAUCUCCGCCAAAAGCCCGAUGUCCCGCUGAACACGGCGCAGAUCCCCUGGCAGAGCCCGUGGGUUUCGCGGUGGUGUGGUCGGGAUACGGAUCUCUUCUUUGUCUUUGUCAAAUACGUCCAUAUCCUCUACGCCGACACGUUCGCCCCGGAUUUUGCGAAAGACCGACGGAUCUUGGCGCCGGGGUUGCUGCCGAUCCACGCCCAGGUCCUCGUUGUCCUGGAGGAUACCCUGUACAAACAGUCGACCCCCCAGGCGCCUGACAACGCCCACACGGCGGCUGCGAUCACCUUCGACGAUUUCAUCGAAGGGGCCGACGCGGCGGUAUCGGCGCUCCCUCUGGGAGCCGCCAACAGUCACCGGUCUAUGGCGGAAAAUCGGCUCAUCAUCCUGCUCCGAGACUUCCUGUCCGAAUCCUCGCAGGAGCCCAAUCACGCUCGACUGUUCUUCGCCGAGUCGUUCUGCUCCAUCAUGAAGUCGGCCGCGCAGAAGAUCUCGCUCUUCGAUCACAACGCGUGCUUCUUACUCUGCGACUUGGUCGAGGAGGUCAUCCCCAUCAUCACCCGCUACUCCCAGUCGGUGGAUCACGACCUGUUUGAUUGGGAUUUUUGGCUCGAGGCCAGUCGGUACAUGAUGCAGAGCCACAAUUCGCUCACCGAGGUCCGGGUGUUUUCGUUUUUAUUUGCUGUCUGGAGUACAUGGACGGCUUGCGAGGAACGAAAGGCUCGGCUGUGUCUGGGUGUUCUCCUGAAUGAGUCGUUGUUUUUCCACUACUUCAGCCACUGGAGUCCCAUGGUUCGCGCCUAUUUCCAGCGUCUUUUGUGCUGGCGCCUUGGCCGGUUCAGCGGUGACCCAUCCCCUCUUGACUCAACCAUUUAUGAGACACUCUCCCAUCGGUUGAACCGUGUAUGGAAGUACUAUCUCGCCUUCCAGAAUCAGGCGGAGGAUCAUUUUUCGGCGCCUUUGUCCUCCGCCCCUUGCACACCAGCCCCGGGACGCAGGAUCAUCAUCAUCCGGUGUGACAACCCCCUCUCGCCGGCCAAUUUAUUCGUGUCGUUCGAUCGCGUCGUCCCUCCCGUCCCGGCCGACACGGCGGAUUCCACGGGGGCCAGCUCCGAUAAAUCCGAUCCCUCGUCCGACGCCCCAUCUUCUGGGAGGAAGAAGUGGGAGAUGUUCAAAUCCAUGUUCGGCGGGUCUAGUUCUCGGUCGGGCGACAAUUCUCCAACGAGCAGCUCCGACGAGUCCGAGACCACCGUUCCCGACACCACGGUGACCGCCGAUAAAUGCUUGGAUGACCAUGGGCGCGCGCCCAACUCGGGUGACUUUCCUCGGCCCCGAACGGCCCACCAGCCUUACUCCUUCAAGUUUUCCCUCGAGUGGAUGGACCGACCUCAAUGGCCCAGCAAGAACAAGCGGCUUUUCACGCCCUGCCUUCCCGUAGGUGCGCAGCUGCACGUUCAGUAUCGGCAAUCUACAUCCAAGGCAGACGGGGACGACAUGGACACGGCGUCUGAAAGCACGACUACUACCGAGACCGACGAUGAAGACGACGGUAUGGAAGAGGCAUAUGACGAGCAGACGUCGACUGAUCCGUCCAGCGGGACGGCACCCAGGGCGUUGGUCAGCGCCAAGAAGCAGGCUAUCUUACAAGAAUCCCAAAUCAUCCUGAAGGACACCAUAGUGGCCAGCAAAUAUGCGGGUCGUGGACUUGCCGAAUGGGCACAGAUCGUGUCCGAAUGCGACAGUUUCUUCGCUCGGAGACGUGACGAGGGAGUUCCUUGCGAUCGAUACGUCGAAACCCCAACGCUGGGCGUUGAGAGCUUCAGGAAGUAG